GCCAAGUAGAGAGGGGGAGAGAGAAUCCGGGCACCGCUUCCCCAGCGUCUCUUUCCUACAGCUGACGCCCCCCGCACGCACUUUUUCUUCUUUCGCUUGCUCUUCUUGUUCUUUCGCUGUUGACCCGGAGCUGCCGGGCGCCGCUGGAGCUCUCAGGAUGAGGAGGAUCAGGGCUAAUGCCAUCGCAAUCCUGACCGUCGCUUGGAUCCUGGGCACUUUCUAUUACUUGUGGCAGGACAACAAGCCUCAUUCCGCGGCAUCCAGCAGGUCCCCCAGCAGCAGCAGCAGCGCCGGCGGCGGCAGGAGCGGGCAGAGAUCCUCGGGCAAACUGGAGAGCCACAAGGAAGAAAGGACCAUCCCCCUCGUUGCAUCCAAGCCACCACAAGCAGACAAAAAUGGCUUACGGGGUUUUGAUGAAAAGGCGUAUGUAUCCUCAAAGCUGCUGAAAGCUGGAGAAGACCCUUAUCGGCAACAUGCUUUCAAUCAGCUGGAGAGUGACAAACUCAGCAGUGACCGGCCCAUUCGAGACACCAGGCAUUACAGGUGUGCAUCUGUGCACUAUGGUGCUGACCUUCCAGCAACUAGCAUCAUCAUCACCUUUCACAAUGAGGCUCGCUCCACGUUGCUCCGCACAGUGAAAAGUGUUCUGAAUCGUACCCCAGCCAACCUGAUUCAGGAAAUAAUUUUAGUAGAUGACUUCAGCUCUGAUCCUGAGGACUGCCAGCUUCUUACGAAGAUACCAAAGGUCAAAUGUCUACGCAACAAUCGUCGAGAAGGCCUGAUCCGCUCUCGAGUGCGAGGUGCUGAUACAGCAACAGCUGACAUUCUCACCUUCCUGGACAGCCACUGCGAAGUGAACAGUGAAUGGCUGCAGCCAAUGCUUCAGAGGGUGAAAGAGGAUUAUACUCGAGUGGUGAGUCCUAUCAUCGAUGUAAUAAGCCUGGACAAUUUUGCCUACUUAGCAGCAUCAGCAGAUUUGAGGGGAGGAUUUGACUGGAGUCUUCACUUUAAGUGGGAGCAGAUCCCCAUUGAACAAAAGUUGUCCAGAACAGACCCUACCCAGUCCAUAAGGACGCCUGUCAUCGCUGGGGGCAUAUUUGUGAUCGAUAAGUCUUGGUUUAAUCACCUUGGAAAAUAUGACACCCAGAUGGAUAUCUGGGGAGGAGAGAACUUUGAGCUUUCUUUCCGAGUCUGGAUGUGUGGAGGUAGCUUGGAGAUUGUUCCCUGCAGCCGAGUGGGCCAUGUUUUCAGGAAACGCCAUCCGUAUGACUUCCCUGAGGGCAACGCACUGACCUAUAUCAAAAAUACUAAACGUACAGCAGAAGUAUGGAUGGAUGAGUACAAACAGUAUUACUAUGAGGCACGACCGUCUGCCAUUGGAAAGUCAUUUGGAAGUAUUGCAGACCGUGUGGAACAACGCAGGAAACUAAACUGUAAAUCCUUCCAGUGGUACUUGGAGAAUGUGUAUCCUGAGCUCAAGGUUCCAGAAAAGGAGCUAAUUCCUGGGAUCCUCAAGCAAGGAGCAAAUUGUUUGGAGUCUCAGGGACAGGAUGGAGCAGGAAACGCUCGAGCAGGGGUUGGGAGCUGCAAAGGGACCGUGAGCAAUCCUGUAGCCACUCAGGAAUGGCUAUUCAGUGACCCUUUAAUCCGGCAGCAGGACAAGUGUCUCUCAAUCACCUCUUUCUCCACCGGCUCGCAGAUCACAAUGGAGGCAUGCAAUCAGAAAGACGGCCGACAGAAAUGGAAGAUGAAAGGCAGCUUCAUUCAGCACUUUGUCAGUGGCUUGUGCCUAGAAAACCAGUCCAGCAAGCUAGUGACCAACAUCUGCCAGUCCGACACCCUGGGCCAACAGUGGGAGCUGCUCCAGGCAACAUGAUGGUUGCCCAGCGACGAUUUCUCUGAUGCUUUUGCAUGAGACUCUGGGAAUGGAAGAGGGUUAGGGUGGGGGAUGAAGUCUGAUUACCUUUAAACCCUGAAUAUUUUGAUUGUGAUCCUCAGCCAGUAACCAUUUCAGCUGAAAUGUUAGUGUUUUUGGAUUCAUUAACAAAGCACUCCGCGAUGUAUGAAAGCACCACUGGAGACAGCCCAUCUGUUCCCCGUUUCCUCAAUGCGAGUAACACAAUAGGAAACUGGACAGCAACGCAAGGCUGAGGAAGGGGACAUCCCAGCAAGCGAGGCUUAGGUGUGACGACGACUGACAGCUGCUCCCUUCCAUUCCUCCCUCUCCAGGAAACCUUGUGGUCUGUGAUCCCAUGGAGUUGUUGCAAUUGGUGUCCUUGACAAUGCUUAAUGUGAACUCCUGGUGGAUUUGCUUGGCCUCACUGGCUUUCAGACAUGACAUCACCUCUCAUUUGCAUGUGUGUUGUACAACAUGGUUUAUGGGAACACUGGCAAGAAUCAUCCUGGAUAAGUUAUGGCAAGAUGCAUAACUGGGGAAGUGGAAGGUGCAGAAACCACCAUCUUUAUUAAUUCGCUUUGUUUGUUUAGUUGUUUCGGUGUUUAUUUCUUCACUGGAGUAUGUUAAUGUAAUUCCUCACAUAGGUAUGUCUCCUUAUUUUCUCUGGUGGGAGGGCUGAUAUAUUGCAGGAGGAAAGUUAAAGCCUUCUUUGGUUAAAUGGUCUGGUACGAUUUUUAAGUUUGAGUCUUGAGGUACAAAUGUUAUUGAAAUCACAUGAACAAAAGGUUCCCUUUUGCAUAAUACAGAAGGUAUAAGUGAUGUGA